AGAAUAUAUCGAUACAUCGAUGCUUCUCUCAUCUAUGAUAUGCGUCACUUUUAGAAACGCCGCGAAGUUAUUAUUUGCACAAGAAUCUCUCCCGCUUACACCGAAUUACACGAAACCUUAAUAUGUCGGCCACCUCUCAAAAGUACAGGAAUUUCGUGGCUGAGCCCAUGGGCGACAAGGCGGUGACUGAGUUGGCUGGAAUCGGCGACACUCUGGGUGGACGGCUCAUAGAAGCAGGGUUCGACAAGGCAUACACUGUUCUGGGCCAGUAUCUGGUCCUUAAGAAGGACGAGGAACUCUUCAAGGACUGGAUGAAGGAGGUCUGUCACGCCAGCUCGAAACAAGCGUCGGACUGCUACAACUGCCUGAACGAUUGGUGCGAGGAGUUCUUGUAAAAUAUCCUAACCCGAAGCUAAUCAAAGCAAUUAAUUAUAAGACUUUCCUUCACGGUUUUUUUAAAUGUUAAGAUGUAAUGUUCAGUUGUCACAGAUCCUGCCUGUGGUACAGUUCCGUUUGGCUACAAAUGUAAUUUAUAUUCCAUCUUUUUUAACCUGUACAAUAAAAAAUAAUAGCAUAUAUCCUGAAUGUA